GGGUAGCGGAGCCGGCGCCGCCGCCAUGUUGGGUCUGAGGCGGCUGCUGUAGGCGCCGACGGAGCGAGCGGGCUUGUGGAGCGGCGACAGCGGCGUGGGAUCUGCCUCUCUGCGAGCGGCCCGGAGCGGCGGCGGCGGCGGCGCCAUGAGCGGGGGCACCCCUUACAUCGGCAGCAAGAUCAGCCUUAUCUCCAAGGCGGAGAUCCGCUACGAGGGCAUCCUCUACACCAUCGACACCGAGAACUCCACCGUAGCCCUCGCCAAAGUUCGGUCCUUUGGUACAGAAGACAGACCAACAGAUCGUCCCAUACCACCUCGAGAUGAAGUCUUUGAGUACAUCAUAUUCCGUGGGAGUGAUAUUAAGGACCUCACUGUUUGUGAGCCACCAAAACCACAAUGUUCUUUGCCUCAGGACCCAGCUAUCGUUCAGUCUUCACUAGGCUCAUCUACUUCUUCAUUCCAGUCAGUGGGUUCCUAUGGACCUUUUGGCAGGAUGUCAACAUACAGUCAGUUCAGUCCAAGUUCAUUAGUCGGGCAGCAGUUUGGUGCUGUCGGUGUUGCUGGAAGUUCUUUGACAUCCUUUGGAACAGAAACAUCAAACAGUGGUACCCUAUCCCAAAGUAGUGCAGUUGGUUCUGCCUUUACACAGGAUACAAGAUCACUAAAAACACAGUUAUCUCAAGGUCGUUCAAGCCCUCAGUUAGACCCUUUGAGAAAAAGCCCAACCAUGGAACAAGCAGUACAGACCGCCUCGGCCCACUUACCUGCUCCAGCACCUGUUGGGAGAAGGAGCCCUGUAUCAACCAGGCCUUUACCAUCUACCAGCCAAAAAGCAAUAGAGAAUCAAGAGCACAGGCGAGCUGAAGUACACAAAGUUUCAAGACCAGAAAAUGAGCAACUCAGAAAUGAUAGCAAGAGACAAAUAGUUCCAGGUGCUCCUUCAGCUCCAAGGAGAGGGCGUGGGGGUCAUCGAGGUGGCAGGGGACGAUUUGGUAUUCGACGAGAUGGUCCAAUGAAAUUUGAGAAAGACUUUGACUUUGAAAGUGCAAAUGCACAAUUUAACAAGGAGGAAAUAGACAGAGAAUUUCAUAAUAAACUUAAGUUGAAAGAAGAUAAACUUGAGAAGCAGGAGAAGCCUGUAAAUGGUGAAGAUAAAGGAGACUCAGGAGUUGAUACCCAAAACAGUGAAGGAAAUGCAGAUGAAGAAGAUCCUCUUGGCCCUAAUUGCUACUAUGACAAAACCAAAUCCUUCUUUGAUAAUAUUUCUUGUGAUGAUAAUAGAGAACGGAGACCAACCUGGGCUGAAGAAAGAAGAUUAAAUGCUGAGACAUUUGGAAUCCCACUUCGUCCAAACCGUGGCCGUGGCGGGUACAGAGGCAGAGGAGGUCUUGGUUUCCGUGGUGGCCGAGGGCGUGGUGGUGGCAGAGGUGGUACCUUCACCACCCCUCGAGGCUUUCGUGGUGGAUUCAGAGGAGGUCGUGGGGGCAGGGAGUUUGCAGAUUUUGAAUACAGGAAAACCACAGCUUUUGGACCCUAAAAUAGGUCUGGAUUGAUCGUACAACUUUCUGAAAGAAAGACAACAAAGUUGCUGCAUAGUCUACAAAGAAGUCUUUGAAAAUAGGUGAAUUUCUAGCUCUUCAUGGUCCUGAGAAUUGGUUUCAGUCUUUGAGAAGAAUGAAGAAGUGAAUUUGCUGUAUAUUUGUCACCAGCACUGGGUUUUGUUUGUUUGUUUGUUUUUCUGCUUAAUUUCAAAGAUAUAAUGCAGUUACUUUUGAGGGGGGAAGGCUCAUCUUAAAAAAUGAGCAUUAACUAUAUUUGGAAUAGCAGAAGGUUAAGUAAUUUCUUAUGUAUAGUUAAACUACAGCAGUACUUCAAUGGGACUUAAUAAGUAUUUUUUCAUCACUGAAAGGAUUUUUCUUAUCACUAAAUUGUAUUUGGCAAUUAUUGUAAGUUGCCUGCAGAUAGGGCCGUGAUACUGUGUUUUGAGCCACAGAAGGUUGUGUGUAUGUAUGUGUGCGUGUGUGUGUGUGUGUGUGUGUCUAUAUCUUGCUCUCUUUCUUUCUUUUUGGAAAUCCUGUAAUAUCCCUUUUGAGGUAGCUUAUUUCGUCAAUUAAUUAGGGUGCUGGAUGGUAGAGAAUUUUGUCAGUCAACUAUGUACACACAGUAAAUACUGUUUCUUAGGCAAAGGUAACUUUUUUAUAUAGUUGUAAAAUUCCAUUAUAUUCCAUUGCCAAAGAAACAUUAAGAACUUUGUAUAGCUGUAUAAAAAGCAACUAAUUUUUUAAAGAAUAAACAUUUUAAAGUCAGCAAACAUACUGUGUCCUUGCAGAAGUUGAUGUGCUGAGGAGCAGAGCUAUGGGUGGUGGGUCUUUUUUCAUAGCUUUCCAGGCUUGAGAGUUUUGAUUUUGAUUUUUUUUUUUAAUGUUUGGAACAUAAAUGAAGAUUUGAUACAUUCUUCCAUUAUCUGAAAAGGAUAAAUUACUCAUACUCAUUGUAAGAACUUCAUUUUAUAACAAAUGGCAUAUCACAGGAUUUGUCCAAAUAAUAAAUAUUUUCAGUAUAUUAAUGUAAAUAAUCAUAGAUAAGAAUGUACUUAGCUGUAUUUUCAAAUAAGCACCCUCCCCUUUUUUAAGACAAUAAAACUGGGCAUCGAUUAACCUGUU